AUGUUAGACGAGUGUGACACGGCGCUCUCUCUGGAAACCUUUGGUGUCUACGAGCACAUUAAAAAGCAAUUGACGCGGCUCGAUGCAGACUACGAAACAUCAGAAGAGGAACCCCAUGCGGUUUCGCGGCAAGCUGGUGCGAUGAAGACCGCAGAUGAUAAUAGUGCUGUACUUUCCUCGAAUUCAGUACCAUCAGGUGGCCCACAACAUCAAGAAAUGACCAAUAAUUAUAGACACCAAAACGACUUGUCCAGAGAGACAAGUGGAAUUCAGCUAGAAGAAACAACCGGAGAUCCAGGAUGCCCGAUGUCACCAGGAGGCCAACCACCAGAGCUGUCAUCGAACCGAUAUCGCAAACUUCCCGAGCUCAUGCAGUUCGAGCUCCGGAUGGCUUUUGAGAAAACUGUACUGCGGCAGCGGCUGGGGCUCUACGAAGACGCGGAGUUUCAUAGACUGCACGGGCG